AUGCGGUCGGUUGAUCCAAUUGGCAGUGCUGCUGGCCUCAUCCACCGGGAAACCUUUUCAUUUUCUGAGCCGAGGGCCGUUCCAGAUGCCCCUGAUGGCUACGCCCCUGGCCAAAUCUCAUGCCCAGAGAGUCGGCCGGUCAUCCGCAAGGCAACGACACUGUCAUCUAACGAAACGUCAUGGCUGGAGCUUCGCGCCAAUAAUACCAUCUCAGCAUUAAAAGACGUCCUCACUCGAGCCAACAUUGGCGACAUUGACAUUGACGCGUAUGUGAAUGGCAUCGUGAGUGAUGACGGCGUGUUGCCGCGGAUCGGCAUUGCCAUCUCUGGCGGGGGGUAUCGGGCCAUGAUGAACGGUGCCGGUGCCAUCGCCGCAUUCGACAACCGAACCACAGGGUCGACAAGUGAAGGCCAAUUGGGCGGUAUUCUCCAGGCUGCAACAUACCUCAGUGGACUAUCUGGGGGCAGUUGGGUUGUGGGAAGUCUCUACAUGCAGAACUUCACGACGGUAGAGUCCAUUAUUCACGCAACCAGUGGCUUCUUAGAUAGCCUUUGGCAGUUUGAUGAGUCAAUCAUUGAAGGACCGGCAGACUUAUCUGUAACAAAGUAUUACCGCGAGCUGUACCAAGAUGUAAAGGAUAAAGUCGAUGCGGGCUACAAUAAGACUAUAACCGAUUAUUGGGGAAGGGCCUUGUCGUACCAGCUCAUCAAUGCAAGCGAUGGAGGGCCAGCUUAUACCUUCUCAUCGGUGGCGAAUGACACCGAAUUCGCCGUCGCGAGGGCACCUAUGCCCAUCAUAGUUGCAGUGGAACGGACAUCGGGACAGCUUCAGAUAGCAGACAAUUCCACUAUUGUGGAGUUCAACCCAUGGGAAAUGGGAUCCUACGAUCCGGGGCUUGCUGCCUUUGCGCCUCUGAAAUAUGUCGGCUCUGACUUCGACAACGGUACUAUCAAACGGGGUGGAGACUGCAUCGCUGGGGUUGAUAAUGCUGGGUUUGUCAUGGGGACCUCAUCGUCAUUGUUUAACCAGGCAUUCUUACAGAUCGGCAAGGCUGAAAAUGUGCCAAAGUUCUUACUUGACGCCAUAAACAACACUUUGGCGGAUAUUGGCGAUGAAAACAGGGACAUCGCCAACUGGCCCAACCCAUUCUAUAAAUACAACCCCAAGAGCAACUCAAACGCGGACAGCACGAUACUCACGCUCGUCGAUGGCGGUGAAGACUUACAAAACAUUCCUUUUCAUCCAUUGCUCUUAUCUGACCGGCAGGUCGAUGUCAUCUUUGCCGUUGACGGCUCCGCUGACACUAUGACCCGAUGGCCGAACGGCACGGCCCUCGUGGCAACGUAUCAGAGGUCCAAGGAGGGCACCUCGACACAAAAUAGCGAGUUCCCAAAGGUCCCAGAUCAAAAUACGUUUAUCAAUUUUGGCCUCAACAACCGUCCAACCUUCUUCGGGUGCGUGACUGACUCCAAAAACUCGUCAGGACCACUGGUUAUUUACCUCCCCAACGCGCCGUAUACAUAUCAGUCCAACUUCACAACCUUCGACCUCGAAUACAGUGAUACUGAGCGGAACGAGAUCAUUCGUAACGGAUACAACGUCGCAACCAUGGGAAAUGGCACAAUAGACUCCGACUGGCCCGCCUGCGUAGGCUGCGCGGUGUUGGCACGAAGCUUGGUCCGCACAGGUACGGAUAUGCCAUCCAAAUGCGUAGACUGCUUCGCGAGGUACUGUUGGAACGGCACGACAAACUCGACGAUGCCAAGAACAUAUGAGCCGGAGCAGAUCAUCACCAAUGGCGUAGGGCGCCCGGCACCGUUUGUGAGUGCGAUAAGAGCUACUGUGUUGGUCAUUUUCAUGCUGCUGUACAUGUGA